CAAAUAUGUAUAGGGUUGGAGAAGUAGACGAGACGAUAUAAAUAGAGGAGGUAGGGGCAAGAAUAGAAUUCUUAUACUGUACUACGAUUAACGAAAAUCGUUUUUUGCUUAAAAUCGAACGGAUCUAUCUAUCUAUCUAUCUAUCUAUCUAUCUUCUGAACAAAAAGCAAGCAACCGUAGCGAUAAUUCGUUCUUGAGUUGAAAGUUGAAACUCCUCCUCCUCCUCCUCCUCCGUAUGGACGUGGCAGCCACCACCGUCGUAUUACCGUCUAUCGUCCUUGGAAGACCUACAAACGGAUCCCGCUUUGCUUCUUUAAAGCUAUGCACUUCCAUCCCUAUCAUCCCCAGGCAAGGUCACAGCCAUGUUCGAAUUGCUGCUGCUGCUGCUUCUGCAAAUAGAAGAAGAAGAAGAAGAAGAAGAAGAGGAGCAGGAUUUGUAGUUAGAGCCUCCUCCUCUCCAGACUCUUCUCACACCAAUGACAAUACCAAUAAUAAUAAUAAUGUUGUCGCACCUCUUCAGUUCCAAUCCCCAAUCGGCCAAUUUCUUUCUCAGAUUUUGAUCAACCACCCCCAUCUUGUGCCUGCUGCUGUUGAUCAGCAGCUUCACCAGCUCCAAUCCGAUCGCGAUGCUGAUCAACAAACCCAAGAUCAUCCUUCUCCUACCACACCCCCCACCACUGAUCUUGUUUUGUACAGGAGAAUUGCUGAGGUCAAGGCUAAUGAAAGGAGGACAGCUCUUGAAGAGAUCUUGUACACAUUGGUUGUGCAGAAGUUCAUGGAUGCUAAUAUUUCUUUGAUACCAUCUAUAACCCCAGAUCCAUCUGGUAGAGUUGAUUCCUGGUCAAACCAAGACCAUGCCAAACUUGAGCGCCUUCACUCUCUCCAAGCAUAUGAGAUGAUCCAAAACCACUUGUCUCUCAUUCUCGGUAACAGAGCCGGAGGAGAUCUAUCAUCCGUUGCUCAAAUCAGCAAACUCAGGGUAGGGCAGGUCUAUGCAGCAUCAGUGAUGUAUGGUUACUUUCUUAAGCGAAUUGACCAAAGGUUCCAGCUGGAGAAAUCCAUGAAACUUCUUCUAAAUGCUGCAGAUGAGACCAGUGUUCGUCAAACUAGCAUCCAUGAUGCAGGGCCUGGUAGUAGUGAAGUGGACAUUUCUCAAGGGACCUCUCAUCCUGAAGUAUCUACAUGGCCUGGCGGCGACAUCAGUCCUGGUGGAUUUGGCUAUGGUAUAAAGCCCACCACCUUGCGUAACUAUGUGAUGUCCUUUGACGGCGAUACCCUCCAGAGAUAUGCAACAAUAAGAUCUAGGGAGGCUGUGAGCAUCAUUGAGAAGCAUACAGAGGCAUUGUUUGGAAGACCCGAAAUGGCUUUAACACCUGAGGGGGCAAUUGAUUAUUCAAAGGAUGAAAACAUCAAAAUUAGCUUUGGAGGUUUAAGGAGACUUGUUUUAGAGGCUGUGACUUUUGGUUGCUUUCUCUGGGAUGUUGAGAGCUAUGUGGACUCGAGGUACCAUUUUGUCUUAAAUUGAGCUGUGCAUCCUCCCGUAUAGCCGAAGGCAUUGUUUUAGUGUAUAUUGGUACUGAUCAAUAGAAUACAAGUUAAUGUAGCUUGCUUUUAUAGGUAUAGGUACAACUAUUGUUAAUAAAUUUAUCUGUAUAUAGUGAUUUGUGACUCUAGAUUCAACUAGUGAAAGGAAAGUUAUGUUGUGAUA